UCUCGCAAAGGAUGCCUUAGCUGCAAGAAGUUGAAAAUCAAAUGUGACGAGGCAAAACCUUGCUGUGAAUACUGUUCCCACACAGGUCGGGUUUGUGUUUAUCCUGACCAAAGAAUUUCGUACAAAGCGUCAAUCAAUAGCGAAAUCAAGGAUUGUACUGAUAAAGACCCGGCGGCGGGUCACGUGCUCCGCCCGAGGCCGUACAACCUGGCCGUCACGCAGUUGCAAAUGACCCGCUUCGAGCUCCGGCUCCUCCACUUGUUCCACGACCAAUGUGUGCCGUACGUGACGUUCCAGGCCAACAAACAUACACACCGGAUUUGGCGGCACGUGUUUCCAAAACACUUUGCCUCGCUGGACUUGGUCCGGCAGUCCACGUACGCCAUGGCCUGUCUAUAUCUAUGGCCCAUGGCCAACUUGCAGACGCUUCUCCAAGCUGACCAGCAAGAAAGCCCCGGCCAGACUGGGUCUCUAGAAGACCUGCUGUUUACACAUGUCUUUGAGGGAGUGUCUGUGUUUGAAGACUCGGCCCAUAGCAUUUUUCGGAAGACCGCCUCCUACUUCAUCUCGUCUCUCCAGUCGUCGCAGCUUUUCCUCGCCGAAAAACAGCAUGGCCUCGACUACGAUGACUUUGCUGCUCUCUACUUCUCGGGGUACUUGAUUUUUGCCUACGUGGGCGUGCACCCACACUGUGUGUUGCCUCUUCUAGAGGACGGGACAGAGUGUCCAUUGGACUACAUUGGCUUUUUUGCCAGCUUGCACCGACUUUUCUCCACCGCCCCGCUGAAAAUACGCGAUCGUCUUGUCGACACCCUCGUCGAAUACAGCAUCUGGACCCCAACUGCCGCCUCACAAAAAAUCGGGCUUGUGGAGACUCUCCGCUUCCAGCUCCCAGAAUUCCAUUUUGCCAAUGCUACCUUUGGCGAAAUAGGGCCCCAGAUGUGCCUUGAAAACGAGACAUUGGAGAAAACACUCUAUCUAUUUGAAUCCUGCUACUUCUCGGCGAUCCGAGAGGGCCACCCCACGCCGCUUUUCAAGUUCUUGGUGUUACUCGGCGAGGACUUCAUCAACUUGGCCCGACUGCGAAAUUACUUUGCUCUCCGGAUCUUGUUCACGUUCAGCUGCGUCUCGAUA